GGCUGUGAAUCUAGGUCGUUACAGACUUGGAAAGGUUCAAGAACAGUACCUAAUACCAUGUCACAGCGUCGUAAUUCAUUGUUAUCGCGGCCCUUCACGUAUAUUCCACUGGAGAAAGGAGGGCGUCAGGUCAGGCUCUUACGCUUUGAAGUAGGAGAGGCAGCCAAACAAGAUGAAAUCCACCUCUCCAUUUCAACACACGACCUGAGCAAUCUGCCAAGCUAUUUCGCCUUGUCGUACGUAUGGGGGACCGAUGUACCACGACAUGAGCUCUACAUCUGCGGGAAAGUCCUCAUGGCUCGAGAUAGCUUGUGGCUGGCGCUCUCGCAGCUCAGAACCCAUCAACCAGACCAUGAAGUCCAUCACUUCUGGAUCGACGCUAUUUGUAUCAAUCAGGAUGAUCUUGCGGAACGAGCCCACCAGGUAAAUCUGAUGGGAGAGAUCUACUCCAACGCCCGUUUUGUGGUCUCUUGGCUGGGCCCAGGGACGACUGCGCUUCGCGGCGCAAUCGAAGCUGUCGGCAAGUACGAGACUGCCCGCGAGAGAUCUGGCAAGAGUGACGUCCUGGCACUGAACCGCCGCCAUAUCGCCCCGCUUCUCAAGGUUUCGUACUUUGAGCGAAUGUGGAUUGUACAGGAAUUCGUUCUUGCAAGGAAAGUCUUCAUGGUCUGUGGCGGCGGAGACUGUUUCUGGUGGGACAAUGGAAUGGCCGGUAUUGUCAAAGAAAUGCUCACAACCUGGAAUGAUGGAGUUGAUGGGUUUGAUGUCGUUGUUUGGCUUGCCAGUGAGAGGCUGCACCGACAGGAAAAAAGGUCCACCACGGAGCUCGACCGGCUCCUGGUGUACUUCCGGAGGCAGAAGUGCGCGGACCUUCGUGAUCGAGUGUAUGCACUGAUAGGGCUUUUGGAUCGUACGGGCCCGAGGUCAUGGAUUGCGGAUUACACUAUAUCGAGGGAACACCUGUGGUGCCGAGUGAUUGAUGGCAGAAUGAGCGAUGACAAGGCUACCCGUGUCUUGUUCUCGUACACGGCGUCGAGAUUGUGGGAGGCGUUGGAACUACCGCUUGAGGAUGGCUCCUUGGAGCUGUCCAGGUUCGUGCUUUGGGUGAUUCAUUUCGAUGAGAUCUGGAACGCACGAGACCAAAUGCCUGUUAAAAUGAAGCAAAGCCACGAAGAGAAUCUAAAAAGCGGGCUUGAUGCCCUUGCGAUGUUCAAUAACAUUAUCCCGCAUUUCGAUCGUUUUCCACUCCUGCUCGAAGCUGCAGCCUGGCAGAAGUUUACGGAGAGGUUACGCGAGAUCAUGGCAUUUGAGGUCGAGCAUAAUGCACAGAGAACGCCGGGAGAAACCAGUUCGUGUCAUGGUCUAUCGGGUCUACAGCAGCAGAAUGGACAUGUACGGGCACAGAACAGGAGACUAGAUUGAGAACGGGAGAGGGACAGGACUAGUCCGCACGAGAUAGACACCAACCAGAUAGUUGCAGAGUCCCUAAUCCUGAAACCACAUAAUAUAAUAAAAGUAUUGAACAAGAGU